GCGACGGGUCGUGCGUGCACACUCCCAAAACUAUCGUCCGCAGAGGCACAUUGAACGCCGCGCGAUUCUGUGUCUCGUCCUCGUGCUUCGUCGCAGAACGCGAUUACUACACCAUCUUCUGUCUCGCCAGUUCCCAUGCGGAGCAGCUAAUCGCUAACAGUUGACCGAAACCGGAAGCGAGCAGGAUGCCGACGUAACCGACCCGCGCGUCGCGACACGUCGCUAACACGCAGUGAUAGCGUAACAGUGAAUCAGAAUCUUCCUCUCGGACAUCGAUAGUGGAACGUCUUCUGAUAUGACAGUGCAGUGACUCGACCGAUCUUGUUGUUUAUUUGUUCGUUAAACGCCUUUCGACGGACGCGUUUCAAUUCACCGGGCUCGUUGCCGAUCGUUGGGGACGAGUCGGUGAGGCCCAGAGUCUCAACCACGGCACCAAAAUUGAGCUGGACUUGCACCAACGGGCCGCCGGCCACUUUAUGAGAGCCGGCGGCAACAUGUGCGACGGCUCCUUCACGGAGACCCUGCGCGGUAUGCAGGGUAUGCCGAGUACGUCGCCACCCGGUGGCGCGGGUGUCGGCCCCAUGGGGGUUGGCCUCGGCAGCCCCCUCGGCCCGACCACGAAGAAGACGCAGGUGGAGCACAUUAAGAGGCCGAUGAACGCGUUUAUGGUCUGGUCACGGCUCCAGCGACGGAAGAUCGCGCAGGAGAACCCCAAGAUGCACAACAGCGAGAUCUCCAAGAGAUUAGGAGCCGAAUGGAAGCUGUUGACCGAGGACGAGAAGCGGCCGUUCAUUGAUCAGGCGAAAAGGUUACGAGCACAGCACAUGAAAGAACAUCCCGAUUACAAAUACAGGCCGAGAAGAAAGCCGAAAACUUUGCGGAAGGAGGGCUACCCUUACAGCAUUCCGUACCCCAGCGUGCCAAUGGAUGCAAUCCGAGCUGGGAUGGCCGGCAGCAUGGGACAAGCUGGAAUGGGCUCGUACUACGGUCCUGCCGCAGCUUAUGGUUCACUAUCGGCGGCAAGCAUGGCUGCGGCGGCGGCAGCGGCUGCCCAGCAGUCUGCGGCGGCGAUGUCCGCGGGCCUUGCGGCACCUGCUCAGGUGGUCAGUUCGAUGGACGCGAUGAAGUACUCGAUGGAGGCGGACAAGUAUCGCGCGGCGUACAUGCCACCCAGCACCCUGGCAAUGAGCAUGUACUCGGACCCGAAGUACCUGGACUCGAGUCCGAAGUCGUACCUGGACCGCAGCUACCUGGACUCGGCGAAGGCGUACUUCGAGCAGUCGAAGCUGUACAUGGACCAGAAGCCCUCGAUCACGGAUUACAAUCGGCCGAGCUACGAGCACAACAAGCUCUACGAGGAGUCGAGCCCCGGCAGCGUGGUGGGCGGCGGUGGUUCGACGAGGUCGCCCGCGGCGGAGUCGCCGGACAUGAGCAAGCAGCACGAGAGAACCGAGCAAGGCUCGUCCAGCGCCAGCUCCACGUCGACGUCUUCGGCAGCGAGUCCUGGAGCAAGCCUGCCGGCCUAUUACCCGGGGCCCGUUCAGAGCAGCGGCCUGCUGGGACCACAGAUGAGCCAGUACAGCGGCUACCAAACCGCUCCAACACCGGGGAACGAGUCGUUCCGACGACCUCUCACUGUCAUCUUCUGACCCGAUAGAACGUAGCUCUGAUCCUACUUCGAGGAGCAGUUUCCCUAGAGAGCCGGUCCGCGGGACUGGUCCGGAGGUGUUCGGAGGCGAAGCUGUGAAAUGUGAUUACUGUCGGAUCGAGGGCCCGCGCGGUUGGAAUGCGUCGGCUCGGUGACGCCCGGUGACGCGGCACGGCACUGGGUGCCCUAAGCGCGAAGCUACCGAUGCGGAAAGUCGACCUGGACGUGUGGGCUUCGGAGGGUCUUGUCGGGCUG